AGGCUCCUUGCUGAGCAGAGAGCCCGACGCGGGGCUCCAUCCGAGGACCCUGGGAUCACGACCUGAGCCGAAGGCAGAGGCUUUAACCCACCAAGCCACCCAGGCGCCCCAAGGAAGCAGUUGGGAAGGAAGCUUUAUUGAGCAACUGCUAUGUGCCUAGAGCGAGACUGAGCAGUUCCUGAACAACCUCGUGAGCCAUGGAUUGUUUCAGAACUUCAAGUCAUUCCUAGAUUUAUCCCACGGUGAUCCUGUGCUUAUUUGGAUUUUUCUCCAAAUAAAUUUUCCUGAUGAGACCCUCAGAGCCCUUCCUUCUACCGUAUUUAUCUGGACCAGAUAAAAACCUGACCAGCUCAGAAAUCACAAAUGAGAUCAUCCCAAUCUGGACAUACUCUUACCUGGUGCUGCUGCUCCCCGUGUUCGUCCUGACCGACUACGUCUGCUACAAGCCAGUCAUCAUCCUACAAGGAGUCAGCUUCAUCAUCACGUGGUUGCUGCUCUUGUUCGGCCAGGGAGUGAAGGCCAUGCAGGUGGUGGAGUUCUUCUGUGGGAUGGUCACCACCACCGAGGUGGCGUACUAUGCCUACAUUUACAGCGUGGUCAGCCCCAAGCACUACCAGAAAGUGAGUGGCUACUGCAGGAGCAUCACGCUGGUGGCCUACACAGUGGCCUCGGUGCUGGCCCAGCUCCUGGUGUCCCUGGCCAGCCUCUCGUACUUUUACCUCAACGUCAUAUCCUUGGCUUCCGUCUCUGUGGCCUUCGUUUUGUCCCUUUUCCUGCCAAUGCCCAAGAAGAGCAUAUUUUUCCAUGCAAAAUCCAGCAAAGAAAUACGGAAGCAACCGAACAAAAAUGAGGCGUCAGAUGCACCUUACAAAAUUAACACACCAGGCAGUGAAGAGAAGCCCACUUCAGAAAUACCCACCAUUUCAGGGAACCUGGAUGGUGGUCCUUUGAGCAGCCCGAUGCCGCAAAAUGUAACGUUGAAUGUUUUUGUGCAGUGGUUCCAAGAUCUGAAGGAGUGCUACUCUUCCAAGCAACUAUUUUAUUGGUCCCUAUGGUGGGCCUUCUCCACAGCAGGUUUUAACCAGGUUUUGAACUAUGUUCAAAUCCUAUGGGAUUACAAGGCACCAUCCCAGAGUUCUUUUGUCUAUAAUGGGGCAGUAGAAGCUCUUGCAACCUUUGGAGGGGCCGUGGCUGCCUUUGCAAUGGGCUAUGUGAAGGUCAACUAGGAUCUUCUGGGGGAGCUGGCUCUAGCCAUUAGCGCAGGCUCUCUGUUUCUCAUGCAUUACAUGACUGACAUCUGGGCAUGCUAUGCUGGCUAUCUGAUAUUCAGGUCCAGCUAUAUGCUGCUUAUAACCAUAGCAGUAUUUCAGAUCACAGUUAAUCUGAGUGUGGAACGCUACACCCUGGUGUUUGGAAUGAACACCUUCAUGGCACUGGUAAUUCAGACCAUUAUGACAGUGAUUGUUGUAGAUCAGAAAGGACUCAACCUGCCAAUCAGCAUUCAGUUUUUAGUUUAUGGGAGUUAUUUUGCAGUUAUUGCUGCCAUUUUUCUAAUGAGAAGCACAUAUAUCAUCUACUCAACCAAAUGCCAAAAGCAAGCACAGAGCUCUCCAGUAAGUCAGAAUCCAGAUGAGCUCCACCCAGAGGGACCAAGGAAUGUCAUUACAGGAACAAAGCUCUAACCUUACGGUAGCCACUGCAUCCACUGAACAAGGACCUUCUUGGUCACAAAGUCACUGAGCGCCAUAAACUGACACACUUCCAAAGCCUGGAUUUCAGUGAACCUUUUCAAAACCACAACAAAAUCUUAGUUUUAGACCAGAUACUACGUGCCCAGCUGGAUGCAGUUGACAAAACCCGUCACCUCAGUCAAAUAGCCGACAGUUGGGUACUCCAACGAGUAGCAAGGAUUGGGAAGUUCUGGUUUUGGUUACUCCCUAGGACAUAUCAAUGGCAUGGAAACAAACCACGAGAAAACUUCAACCUGCAGUUGAUGUUCCCCAUUCGUAAGCAGAAAUACUAACUGGACUGACCCCUUUGCUUGUUUUAGAUAUUUUAUCUUACCAAAACAGGCAAGAGAUGGACAUUUUCUUUUUUUUUUAAUCACAUAACCAUUUGCCUCCUUCUUUCAUUAAGUGUAUUUCUAUAUUACUUGCAGUUCUCUGCGAGAAUUUCAAAGUCUGGUCUCAUUUCUAAGGACCUUUCUUCAAUCCUGACAACAUGGUAUUAUUCACAAGCUAUUAUUUGAUUAUAUCACCUAUUUAAUUCUGUCAUGAUUACUUUUUACUUUGUGUUCUGCUGAGCUUUGUUGUUGAAACUUGACCUCAGGAAUAGCCCCAGACAUUCCUCUGUGCCCAGAGAAUGACAUUCAAGUCAAUUGCUGGGGGCCUUAGGGGUGGCAGUGAGUUUUCUCCCUACUAUGACCCUAGAUGGGUGUUUCAAUGCCGUGUCGGUGUGAUCUCUAAAAUAGAAAAACUUAAGUAGAAAUUUCCAGAGUUUCUAAAAGUAUUUGUAAGCAAGAAAACACUGAUGAGGGGGAACACCUACUUUUUAAAUGGCAGAGAUUGUGCUACAUAAAAUAAGGUGUGCAAAAAUAUUAAAGAGCCUUUCUAAAUUUUUGAUGAAUUGUGCUGAGAAUCGCCUGUGCUUGUGUCCUUUGAAACUUCAAAAGAGGACACAUGGAACAGUCUGCCAUGGAAAUAAAGAAUGCUGAUUCAAG